AUGAAGCUCUCGCUCCUGACACUCGCCGCUCUGAUACUCUCGAUCCAGCAGGCCUCCGCCCUGCGAGGCACCGAGUCCGGCAACGACCUUCAGCAAGAUUCUCAAGGCGCAACGGAUAUCCCUAUUUGCAAAGAGAAUGCCCCUCUCACCUUCAACAUUACCGAGGCAGGACAAUCUGCCCAGUUCAAGUGCGAUACAGGCGUCAACCACUUGCACCCGAAGUACAACGAAACGAACCCUCUGAUGUACUCCGGAGAAACUGUGGUUCCCCUCACCGACCUCCUUCCCAGCGCAACAUUCAAAACAGCGCCGGUGGCUGCUGAAAAGGACACACGAACCAAAGCGGAACCGUCAUACACCCUCACAGUUCCCGCGUUGCCCACGGAAAAACACGACCUCCACGUUAUCUGCUCGGACAAGGAAGUUGCUACUAAAUCCCAGGGCAACCAAACUAAACAGUGCAAGGUUACUUUCCACAUCGCUUCCUCUGCUGGCCGCCCCGUGCUGACCGCCAUGAUUGCUGUCAUCGGUCUCGUUGCAUCCCUUUCGCAAUUAGCUUAAGCUGAUUAUGUACCUCCGCUAAAUCUGGCUCUUCUUUUAUGUGGGGGUAUGCUCAAUGAAGCAGGGUUAUUCCUCGGUUCUUUCUGCUG